AUGAGCAGCUUGAGCCGACGGGAGUUUGACCCGGCUCUGGCUCAUUUAUAUCGUCCAUUCCAUCCACAGACGCUGCCUUGCCCGCUGAGUUCCUCCGGCACUGUGUGUUUUGCUCAGGAUUACAGCAUCUGUGGUUCAGCAGCGGCGCGGCGCAGACCACACCCGGAGUCCCAGGAUCCAGGCCCAGUCAUGGCGACCAGCGAGGAACUGGAUCGCGCUUCGGCGGAGCUGAAGGCGAACAUGAAGGAGGCAAGGGCAGCGAUGGGGCUGUUCCAGGAUAGAGCCGUGUUCGCCACUACGGCCGGUGUGUUGAAGGGAAUCUUCCAGGUGGGCGGCGCCAUUCUGAAGCUGGUGCUGGGAAAGCGGGAGAGCGAGGAGCUGACAUAUAUGAAAGAACAGUUCCAGGCCGUCAGGAACCAACUGGAUGUGAUUUCUGAUCAGAUCCGGCAGGUGUUGUGGGAGAUCGAGAGGAGCACGAUCAACAACCAGUACUUCCCCAUCGAGGAGAACCUCAAGAACCAGUUCCGCAAAUACAUGGACAUCCUGAGAUCAGCGCCCGAGUUCCGCGACAAGGAACGAGACGAGUUCCUCGCACACUUCGACGCUACGAAGGGCGACCAGAACCUGCACACGCUCUUCGACGCGGUCAUGGGCUUCUCCGCCGUCUUUGGGAAGCCCAUCCUGGAGACGGCCAUGAGCUACGACCAAAGGAACCGGCGCCUGAUUGAAGUCAUGUGUUGCCGGCUGAAGGAGCUCUUCUGCAUCGGUCUGAUCGCUCUCCUGGGCCACGCCGCCGUCACCGGCAACGACGUGGAGGCGUUGAAGAAAGAGUGGAACCAGAAACUGGCGCAAGUAGAAACCAAAAUGAAAUCCAUGGUAGAUCGGUGCGUCAGCGAGUUUGCGCAGCAGGCAGAGAUAGAUGUCGAGAGGAUGGUGAAGGACAAGGGGGAGAGAGAUAACAAGGGGUGCAUCGGCUUUAUCCUGGAGAGACUAGUGAAGAAAUACAACUGGGUCCGCUGGUCAGUGCGCGUCUAUGAUCCUGUCUCAGGCUUUGACAAUCACUGUGUCGGUGGCCCAAACCGUUUUGAGUUUUUUCCGGCUCAAUAACAUCAACGUGGUUGUGUCUUACUCCAUCGACCCAAAACCCAUAGACGAGGCACAGAUCGGCCAGUUGAUGCAGAGCAAGGAUG